GGGGGUUGGGGGGCGGUGGCGGUUGGUGGCAGCUCGUCUCGAGCCGCGGUUCGAAGUUUAAAUUACCAACAGCUGUAGCCGGGGAUGGAGCCGAGCGCGGGCGGUGGCGGCGGCGGUACCUGGAACUUUCCUGAAGGAAUGGAAAGCCGAAGUUCUGGAGGAGAUCAUAAUCAAACCACAAAGGAAGAAGGACAUCCAGAGUAUGUCGCAUAUGUGUUGUUGCCCGUCUUCUUUCUCACUGGUCUUACGGGAGUCUUAAUAUGUCAUCUUCUGAAGAAAAAAGGUUACCGAUGCACCACAGAUAGUGAGUUUGAAUGUGAAGAGAAAAUUGCUGAGGAGCAGAUGGAUUAUCAUGACGGCAAUACUGAUACAGUUGGACAAAUGGUACACUGUAUAAUGAAAAAUCCAGCUAAUGCUGAAGCCUUACAAGCUAUGAUGACAAACCAUCAUCCAGGGGACCCGGAAAGCCCUUCAAGUCCCAAUGGUCCUCCAAGUCCAACCAGUCCUAUUAGCAUUGAAAGUCCAAGCAGUCCUACAUCUCCUACAUUUCAACAAGGAAGCCAAAGCAAACACUCUUGCCAUGGACACCAUCUACAUACCGUUGGAGGUGUGGUGGAGAAAAAUGCAUGCUCCCGUUGUAGCCACCAAAAGAGGCGCAUGUCAAGGAAGAAUUCAGCAAGAGAAUCCAGAAAGAGUCGCAUGGGAGAGGUUACAGUAUUGGCAGUAGGAAGGUUUCGAGUUACACAUGUAGAUCGAAAAUCCAGUUUGAAAGAACACAAAGGUUUGAUCCUCACCCCUAUAGAUAGUGCCAAUGAAGGUGAAAAUUCAGACAAUCAAGUACCAAGCUCACCAACAAAACUGGAUGACAAAGAGGAGAAAACGCUUCAGUGACAAACCAAUGAGAGAGGUGUCUGCUUUUAAUAGACACCAAAUAUGAAACCGUCCUUUCUUCAAUCAUAACAUGUUUUUAAAAGCAAUGCAUUUCUAAACCUUGUUUGUUUGUUUGGAUAUCCGUAUACCUGCGAUUUUAUAGACUUCUCUGAUUUUUUUUCUUGAAACCAAAGCUUAUGCACUGGAAUUUAAAAAAUCUUUGACUGAAUUUUAAUAUAAGCCAUGUUCCAGGUGCUUGAAAUACAUAAAGCCCUUCUGCUGCUCUAAACAUCUGUCAGUCUGAAUGUUUAAAGCCAACUUUAUGGUUCACCUAUUUCCCUCAUUUUCCUUUGCGUUGGUACUUUUUUCCUUUGUUGACAGAAUUAUUGUCAGACCCUUCCUUAUCUGCUUCCAUGUUGCAAAAAUAUUUAAUAUUUAGUAAUUCAAUAUUGUCUUUCCCAAAAACAUUGCAUUAGCAAUGACAUAGCCUGUACUCUAUUCUGGAAAUUGGGAGCUCACAUUGGAAAAGUUCUAGGUGAUAGGCGAUUAAUAGACUUGAGUAUUUCUUAUGAGGAAAGGUUUUCAUUUAUUUGAAUAAUGUUAAGGGAUAAUUUAUUUGCUUUCCCCAGUGUUUACAUAACCAACUGAUGGUUUAUGUAAUAGCAUGAGUUAGAUGGAACAUAAAUUGUACAAUGUCCUAAUAGUAGAUUAAAUGUCGUCCUCAUUAACUGAAUAGCAGAGAAAAAUCUUGAAAAUGGUUGGAAUUCUGCUUCAUUGGAAUAGAAAGGGAUAAGAAUUCUUAACUUCCACCUUGGAACAUCCAUCAUCGACAAAGUGUGACAUUGUCUCAAUGUUGUGGAAUUUAAUAAGAGUCUUUAUGUAUUACACUAUGCAAAAUUACACUUCUCUGAUUAAAAAGAUGCAAUUAUCAUGGCAGCUUUACUGCUGUGUUAAGUUCUGUUUAUAUGGGACAGGAUAAAACAUUUCCUAAAUAUAGUAAGGUUCAUAGAUGAAAUUGUAUUAUGGGUUUAGAUCUUUUGCAUCUAAAUUCAUAAAAUUAAGUGUGUCUUUCUAUUAACUUAAACAUGUGGUUGUAUGAUAUUAAACUGUUGCAGAAAGUACCAAAAUAUUGACCUAUAAGUAUAACUGAUUAAAUUCAUGGCAGGAAAGUCUGCGGGAUACAAAUUACUCCUGGCUACUGUAGAAAAUUCUAAACAAAAAUGCAUAAUGCUUUUAAUUGCAUAUCCUUGUGGUUCAACAUCUUCCUUCCAAUUUCCAAGCUAAUCUGCUGAAUUGGAAGUAAUUGACUGCUAAGAAGUUGCAUGGAUCUUCGUAAUGCUCAGAGGGACAGAUGGUUGACUGGCCUUAGAGGUUAUCCAAUUCAAAGUCACCUAAUACAAGGAUAACAUAAUACUAGCUAAGUGACUAUUGAUCAAUUAAGGCUGAUCCAGAGUGCGUUCUCCAUUAAAGUAAAUAUACAUUGUGUGUAUGCUUGAUCGUUUUUAUCAUUUGUCAUUGAAACACUUUAGUUGAACAGGAGCUGAAUCUGGAAUUCCUCAAAACGUGAAGAUUUGGGAAUUAAAGGUAUCCUAUUUUCGCAAGCAUUUUUCAUAUGCAUGUGAAAUUUACUUUACUCAAUUUAUUUUUAACAGAAAGUGCUCCCCUUGACUUUGCUUUCCCUUCAAAGAUUAUGAAAUUCCUUUCACACAAAUAUUUUCAUAAUGCAACAUCCUUUCCUGUGUUUAAUGCAAC